CUGCCUGCUAAUGUAGCCUGCCACUCAUGUCUUUACCGGGGACGUGUUGCUGCAAAGGUGGCGUUGUCAUCUCUCUCUCUAGCUGGGGUGAUGUUUUAUUAACCUUAUCUCCCUAAAGUCGGUUGGGUUUGACACUUGCGCUAUUGACGUGUGAACUGCAUUCUGUGAAGCAGCAGACGUCGCUAGCUGCUAGCUUUAGAAACACGCUACUCUGACCGUGCUGACUAACGAUGGCAAGUGUUGGAGGUGGAUGCUGUUGCUGCUCCGUUUUCACGUCUUUAUCAUGCGUUCAUACGGAGGUGGAUUAGGGCCGCUGGCGUUAUGGAUAACACGGAUGGACUGUGAAGGAGACGGAUGUUUACCGUUAUUGCAGGCAUCUGUCUUCAACAACACACGAGUCUCUGAAAGGAUCAUGUAGAGCUUGAGAUAAGUGAUGGACAACACGGCUCCACAGUGAGGAUGUGUUGAGCACGCGUUUAGCAUCACUUGGAUCGUUACAAAUCAAAUCCCAGGAGGCUGGCGGUGUCAUGUGUUGUAGCUGGCUUGAGAAUGAAACUCAGUCGCAACCUUUUCCUGGGCCUGUGCUCCAUGCUGGUCUUGGGAUAUCUCUACUAUUCAGGGAGGAUCAGUUCCCGAGGCAGGGGAUUCAGAUCAGUGUACGACCAGCAGGGUUUCCUCCUGAGGCUGAAUGCAAGUUUACCUUUGGAGCUGGUUUACAAGUAUGGCAAUCUCAGCGAGGGCACAUGCAAGCCUGGCUAUACAGCUGCCAAGAUGACCGCUAUUUAUCCAAGGUUCCACAAACCAGCUCCCAUGUUCCUCGAUCCCGGCUACAAGAAGUUUUACAAAGUUGGUGACUACCCCCCUCCGUUUGGUGUGAGGUCACAAGAUGGAGUUAUAGAUCUUCUUCUGGCAGCCACAAAAAACUAUGGUUUGGGCAAUGAAUUGGACAGUUUGAGCUGUAAAACCUGCAUCAUCGUCGGAAAUGGAGGAAUCCUCACCAACAGGUCGCUGGGACAGAAAAUCGAUGCUUUUGAUGUGGUGGUUAGGUUGAAUGAAGCUCCUAUCAGAGGGUUUGAGAAAGAUGUUGGAACAAAGACCACAAUGAGGAUCACUUAUCCAGAGGGAGCUAUCCAGAAACCAGAGCUCUACGAGGCUCAGUCACUCUUUGUUCUCUCAGCCUUUAAAUCCCUGGACUUCAAGUGGCUGCGGUACAUGGUCUUCAACCAGCGGCUGCAUAGUACUGAAGGCUUCUGGAAGUCUGUGGCCCGGUACGUCCCACGGGAUCCCAGUGACAUGCGCAUCCUUAACCCCUACUUCAUUCAGGAGGCCUCCUUCAUGCUGAUUGGUUUACCCCACAACAAUGGACAGUUGGGCCGAGGGAACAUCCCCACUCUGGGUGCUGUGGCGAUAACCAUGGCUCUUCAUAAUUGCGACGAAGUGGCUGUGGCUGGAUUCGGCUACAACAUGAGCAUGCCGCACGCACCGCUGCACUACUAUGAGAAGAUCAGGAUGUCAGCCAUGAGAGAGUCCUGGACCCACAACAUCUCCAAAGAGAAGGAGUUCCUGGUGAAGCUAGUGAAGGCCGGAGUGAUCCAGGACUUGACCAAAGGCAUCUGUGGAGCGGGGUGCAGAUGAUGGUCACCAUGCCUGUCCUUAGACUUUGCUCGCCUCCUUUUUUGAUGGAGGAGAGGGACAGCUGAGGUCUGGAUGUAACGCUGCAGCCAUGAUCGGGAAGAAAGACAGACUGCCCCAAAAACUGCAAUUCAUCGCAAACCUCAAUAUUGUAGCUCUGAGUAUAGCACGCUUCAGCUUUGGUGAAAGCAAGUUCCUACUGACUGAGAGAGAGAGAGUUAAGGUGCUGCGCUACCAAUACCUCUGAAAGUGAUCUGUUCAAUCAUCUGAAUGUUGUCUGUUUUAAAAGAAGACUCAACCAGUGUCUUAGUCUGGGUAGGCAUUGUGCUGGGGCUGGACAUUUGAAGCUACGCUGUGUGAAAUGAAGCAGUGACUCUGUGUGUUGCUCGCAGGAGUCUCUAUAUAAUCAGUUCCUGUGUCAAGCUUGCGGCUGCUACUGCAGGUGAAUCGUCUCACGGGUGCUGAUUAAUACUGUUUGCGCCCUUGAAGUUUCAGUUGAAGACAUGAAUGUAUUGUCGCCUUUACAGUUUGCUUUCUGUUUCUGUAAACCAAUCAGACAACACUAUACUGUACAUGUACAACCUGCAUGAACAGAUUACGGCUUUGCAAUAAACCUACAAGUAUAAAUGGUACAUUUAUAUUCUACACUUAUAAGUAUGUUCUGGAUUCUAGACCCCACUGCACCAGAUGGUGAUCGAUAAAUCAGAGGAGCUCUCUGCUGUUUCAGAAAUAUCAUCUAUCGUGUGUGUCUGCGUAUAAUCAUGUGAAUAAAACUGAAUUCUCACCGAGGUUUAUGCUGUCUCUGUCCUCAUUAUUUCUUUUUAUGUCAUAUAACAAGUAGCCUGUUCAAGUCCUGUGUUGGUGGUGCCCGUGUUCUCUACAGCACCAGAUGAACAUGCUUUGAUCGGCAUUCGUGGUUUUCAAUCUUUUUUUAAGCCACGUUGCACUUAACGAAAAUGACAAGUGGCAACCAUUGGCAUCAUCGGUACUCUGCAGUGAUCAUUCUCUUCAGGAAGCGUCAAACAAUCUCAGAAACCGAGUGCAUUACUCACAGUUUUCUAACAUUAACAAAAGGCAAGCAUUAACAAAAGGAGAGAAAAAGCUCACCCUCAAAACAGUAUGUC